AGUUGCAUUGCAUGUAGUACCUCCCACAUAAAUAGUAGUACCUUCUUCACCCAAUACUCCACGCCAGUGGCACAACUGUAAAAUAGUUCCCUCCAUAUUUAUCGAUUCAUCCAAUUUCUCUCUCUCAUUAUCCCUAAUUCCCCUCCCAUUGAAACAGCUGACGAAAAUUCAGAAGAAAUUGCUAUUUUUGGAAAGACAAUGGCGGAGGAGAAGGACGCCACCUCAGUGCCGCUGAGUCAAGGUGUCGGCGAAGAGGAAGAAGGCCGAGACCCUGAAGAUCCGUUAAAAUCUCCUCCAAUUUCUCCCGAUUCUUCCACUCGUAGGGCUUGCUGUUUUGUUCUUCAAAGUUGGGUUUCCAAAAAGUUCAUGACCGGAUGUGUAGUCCUAUUUCCAGUUGCUGUUUCAUUUUUUGUGACUUGGUGGUUCAUUCAGUUUGUGGAUGGUUUCUUCAGUCCUCUGUAUGCUCAGAUGGGCAUUAACGUAUUUGGACUUGGAUUUAUUACGUCAUUACUUUUUGUAUUCCUUGUCGGCGUAUUUGUUUCAUCAUGGUUGGGUGCUACGGUUUUCUGGAUUGGAGAAUGGUUUAUAAAGCGAAUGCCAUUUGUUAAGCAUAUUUACUCAGCCUCCAAGCAAAUUAGUUCUGCAAUUUCUCCAGAUCAAAAUACUACUGCGUUUAAGGAAGUGGCAAUUAUAAGUCACCCACGUGUGGGUGAAUAUGCAUUUGGCUUCAUCACUUCAUCAGUUAUCCUUCAGAGAGACGACGGGGAUGAAGAGUUAUGCAGCGUUUUCGUCCCAACAAAUCACUUGUAUAUUGGCGAUAUAUUCUUGGUUAAUUCCAAAGAGAUUAUAAGACCCAAUCUCUCUAUUCGAGAAGGGAUAGAAAUUAUCGUUUCUGGAGGUAUGACAAUGCCUGAAAGGAUCACUCCAAUCUCUCCAAUUCAAAGAGUUGCUCGACAAGGUGAUAGAAUUCCCCUCGGCAGACUAAUGUAGAAAGCAGAUAUUGGGUUUUUAUCUCGUGAAUUCUACCAUUUACUUAUAUGAUGGUCACCAUAUGUAAAUCGGGAGUUGAAGCUGUUUGAGGCUAUUAAAACAAGAAAACGGAGAUUAAAACGCGCAUUUGUUCUAAACUAGAAUGUGAAGAAAAGUGUUGUACCUUGUUGGAUAAAUCUUGUACUUCACCAUUGUUUUGUAUUCAAUGUGAUGCUGGAAAUGAGUACAGAUGAUGUAACCUAUAGUUGUUGGUAUAUUUGAAAGCUUGUUAGUUUUGUAGUAUACUUAUUCGAGUUCGUUCGAAUUUUUAUUUUCUU